AUGAGUUCAAACAGUGUUCUGUCGGGAGUCCAAACCACACCUUACAGCCCAAUGAGUUCAGACAGUGUUCUGUUGGGAGUCCAACCUGCAUCUUACAACCCAAUGAGUUCAAACAGUGUUCUGUUGGGAGUCCAACCCGCACCUUACAGCCCAAUGAGUUCAAACAGUGUUCUGUUGGGAGUCCAACCCACACCUUACAGCCCAAUGAGUUCAGACAGUGUUCUGAUGGGAGUCCAACCCGCACCUUACAACCCAAUGAGUUCAAACAGUGUUCUGUUGGGAGUCCAACCUGCACCUUACAACCCAAUGAGUUCAGACAGUGUUCUGAUGGGAGUUCAACCCGCACCUUACAACCCAAUGAGUUCAAACAGUGUUCUGUUGGGAGUCCAACCUGCACCUUACAACCCAAUGAGUUCAGACAGUCUUCUGAUGGGAGUUCAACCCGCACCUUACAACCCAAUGAGUACAAACAGUGUUCUGUCGGGAGUGCAACCCACACCUUACAACCCAAUGAGUUCAAACAGUGUUCUGUCGGGAGUUCAACCCGCACCUUACAACCCAAUGAGUUCAAACAGUGUCAAACUAUCUAGACCUCGUGGCUGA